GGAAGCUUUAUCAUUUGAAGGUUUCAAAGGGCAAUGUGUUUUGAAGCACGUGGUUAUCACCGUAAAUAUUUCAUUUUCCGACCAGGAGUGUAGCUGACAAAACAGCAGAAAGCCAAGAGAAUCAUAUACAGCAUAUCCAUCUUCUGCCCAGCUGCCUCAUCUCUCGCUUUCUCUCUUCGCUCAGUCCCACACUCAAUGGAGAUGUCUCUGUCGCGACUUCACUUGCCAAACUCCCAACAAUGCUCCUCUCCUCUCUCUUCCUCCCUUUCUCUCCCUCCAUGUUUUCAUGUCCCUUGCUCUCAAAGACGUCGGCCACAUACCACUUGGAGCAGCAGCAUUGCUUGCUGCUUGCCCCAGCGGCAGGAAUCUGUUGCUGUUAUUGAGAAAAAUGAGACUAGUACUAGUGUACUGUCUGAAAGAAAAGUGAUUCGUUUCGGUUUGCCUAGCAAAGGACGCAUGGCUGCCGAUACUCUCGAUCUCCUCAAGGAUUGUCAGUUGUUGGUGAAGCAAGUCAACCCUCGACAAUACGUUGCAGAAAUUCCUCAGCUUUCCAACUUGGAAGUGUGGUUUCAACGACCCAAAGACAUUGUAAGAAAGUUGUUGUCAGGAGAUCUGGACCUUGGAAUUGUGGGUUUUGAUACUUUCAGUGAAUAUGGACUGGGAAAUGAAGAUCUUAUCAUUGUUCAUGAUGCUCUUGGAUACGGGGAUUGCCGUUUAUCCCUUGCAAUUCCUAAUCAUGGGAUAUUUGAAAGUAUAAAUUCACUGAGGGAACUAUCACAAAUGCCUCAAUGGACAGCUUCGAAACCUCUGCGAGUAGCUACUGGCUUCACUCACCUUGGUCCUAAAUUUAUGAAGGAUAAUGGGUUCAUGAAUGUGACGUUUUCAACUGCUGAUGGAGCACUGGAAGCUGCUCCUGCGAUGGGGAUAGCUGAUGCUAUUUUGGACCUUGUAAGCAGUGGAACAACACUGAAAGAAAACAACUUGAGAGAAAUUGAAGGUGGAGUUUUGUUGGAGAGCCAGGCCGUUCUUGUUGCUAGGAGAAAAUCAUUGGUCGAACAAAAGGACGUGAGGUGCAGAACAAAAGAGAUUCUAGAAAGGUUUGAGGCUCAUUUGAGGGCGGUUGAUCAGUUCACGGUGACUGCACACAUAAGAGGAAGUAGUGCAGAGGAAGUGGCUGGACGAGUGUGCAGCCAACCAUCUUUGUCCGGAUUGGAGGGACCUACUAUAAAUCCAGUUUUCUGCAAACAUAAUGGAAAGGUUACCCCUGAUUACUAUGCUAUAGUGAUAUGUGUUCCAAAGAAGGCAUUAUACAAGUCUGUGCAGCAGCUGAGAGAGAUUGGAGGCAGCGGUGUUUUAGUUUCUCCUUUAACUUACAUUUUUGAGGAAGUCACGCCAAGAUGGAAGGAGCUUCUUUUAAAACUGGGGUUGUAAUUUAGGGUUCAACCACUUCCUUGCAAAUUUGAGCCGCUCUCAAGGUCGAAAAGCUUUGUCAAGUUUAAUGAAUGAGCAGGAGGGGAAGAAGACACGUGAACAAGCCUCUGGUGACUAAUGAAUUUGGUGACAGUCUGAUUUUUUCAUGUCAUUUUUUUUUCAUGAAUUUAAUC